CCGUAGCCAAAGGGGAUGCCAGCGAGGUGUGGCUUGCAUUUAAAUAUCCAAUAUGUCAAUGUAAGGGGAGUGCGUACGUAUAUAAAGUGCAGUUGGCGGCCGGGCGCGGGACACAUCCCGGCAUGGGAGGCGCGGGGCAGCAGCGCGGGGCCGGGCUCUGAGGGGCUCUGCGCCCCCAUGGCCGAGGUGGGCGGCUUCCUGGGCGCGCUGGACCCCGAGCUGCACGGCUUCCCCCCCGCGCUGCCCCUCGCCGACUCGCCCGGCUUCCUCAACGAGCGGCUGGGGCAGAUCGAGGGGAGGCUGCAGCGGGGCUCCCCCACCGACUUCGCGCACCUCAAGGGCAUCCUGCGGCGCCGGCAGCUCUACUGCCGCACCGGGUUCCACCUGGAGAUCUUCCCCAACGGCACGGUGCACGGCACCCGACAGGACCACAGCCGCUUCGGGAUUCUGGAGUUUAUUAGCCUGGCAGUGGGACUGGUGAGCAUCCGUGGGGUGGACUCAGGACUCUACCUCGGCAUGAAUGAGAGAGGCGAGCUGUAUGGGUCGAAGAAGCUCACACGGGAGUGCGUUUUCCGAGAGCAGUUUGAAGAGAACUGGUAUAAUACAUACGCCUCCACCCUGUACAAGCAUCCUGACUCGGAGAGGCAUUACUACGUGGCUCUGAACAAGGACGGCUCCCCCCGUGAGGGGUACAGGACUAAGAGACAUCAGAAAUUCACUCAUUUUUUACCCAGACCUGUGGACCCUGCCAAAAUACCUGCAAUGUACAGAGACCUCUUCCACUACAGGUGAUGUUUCUUGCAGCUGCCCCGUCAGUGUACAUACUUGGGCUCCCAAGCUUUUUCCCAGAGCACUAUACUAGUAGUCAUUCCAUCACUCCUGUAAGCAUAGAUGACAUAGGAAAGCACUUACAUUGAAUUCAGACACUGCUGUUCCUCCUUGUUUCAAGCGUAUAUCGAACCCGAGUUAUUUAUGGGCGUGGGGGUAGGGGAAGGGAGGGAACCCUACAUAUAAUCACUCGUUUUUGUUCACUUACUUUUACCCGGUGGCUACAAGAGAGGCCAAAUAUUCAGUGUUAUGGUUGUUUAAAGGAACAAGCAGGCGAGCAAACCUGAUCACCAGGGCUUGGCGGGGGUGGGAGGAAGGGGGGUGGAACUAAAAAUGAAGAAGAGGAAAGUAAACAAAAGACCACAGAACUGCUGGGCAUGCUGCUGCUAAGCUUGAGAUGGUUUCCUGUGAAGAAAAAGCCUUUUGAAUGGUACCGUGCCUAAGCAGCCCGGGAGUUUGCCACAGGGACGAUGCUACGUGGACUGGUCCUGAUGUGUGAGGGUUUUCCUGCUGUUGGGGUGGGAAUGGGGCGAGGAACAUUAUUCAGAUGUAAGCAUGGAUACUGUGCAUAAGGACAGAACUAUUUAUAAAAUGUAUAUUAUAUUUAUUUUAUAUAUUUAUUUAUUUCAAAAUAAUUUUAUUUUUAAUGAGAGAUGCUAUGACCAGAUUUUCAUCAGGAAGAAUAAGGUCCUAUUGAAACAGGAAAAAAAAAAUGAGAUUUAAGAGCUUAUUGGCAAUAAAAUUGUCUUUAUAUUGUAGUUUUCUUGCUAGCCCUUUUUUUUGGCACUCUUUACCAAUUAACACAGUAUUUCCUCACCAAUAUGAAUAUUAAGACCGUUUCUAAAAAGGCUUCGUAUGGUAAAGAUAAAUUACCUUAAUCUAAAACUCUUGUACAAGAAUGACAUUGAAUUAUAUCUGGAAUGGACUUCGGAAUCGUGACCCUACUGAAAUGACCAGCUGGGUGUCCAAUGAGCCAUCAUUUCCAAGGACUGCAAAUCCAGCUCUCUCCUUUCCUCUGAUAUGAGCAAAAUAGAUCCUGGGGCUAUGCCAAGCACCAGCCACGGCUCACCUUUUGUAGCCAUUGGAUGGGACUGCCCUGGGAUGUGCAUCACCAUUGCUGUGCAGGAGGAACCUUGUGGGCACAGUCGGCAUCCUCGAGGUUUCCCUCGCCCCUGCGGCCCUGCCAGCCUGGGAAGUGACGGCACAGCUCUUGGUGGGAGUCAUUGGCAGAUGAAACACUUCAACACGUGAUGUAGUCACUGCGGAUUAACCAUCCUGUCAAAAAUCAGAUGGAGAAACAUUUGGAGCAUCUGCUGAGCAUUUGGAUGGACCUAUCAUUCCUACAACAAAACCACCACAUCUCACACGAGACUUACCUGAAGCAUCAUGGAAAAUCAAUAAAAUUGAAAGCCCAAAAGCAAUUUUAAAAACUCUUCAUUUUCGAGCAAGUACCGUGGAUGAAAAUCAUCCCUGCAGGCAGUGCUUGAACAGUCACAGCUGCAUGGCAUUUUCCUCUAGAGAAGCUGCCCGGUCACGCAGUCCCAUCACCUUUCCUCUACCCACGGCAACUCCUGCGUCUCACUGGGCUCAGCCAAACCUGCCAGUGUUUCAACAGUCCCGAGCCAGCCCCACGUUCCCACCCACCGCUGGUGCUGUGGUGGAGAGCCACAGCCCUUCUCCAGUCAGGGGAGGGGGCUGGGGACCAGGCUGGGGAUGCUCAUGGUGGAGGCUUUGCGCUGCAGCUCACCUGAGUAACCAGCACAGCCCUGGGUGACGCUUGGCCACAGGUCUGCCCUCGCUGCCUGCUUGGGCUGCUGCAAAACUGCAGGAGAAACUUCCAGGAAUUAUCCUGGUUAAUUUUUUUCUCUUGUGAUCAGGAGAGACGUAUUUUAGUACAUGGUGGGAGCGGGAGCAUGUUGUAUGCCUGUACAUCCAACUUUGCAGCAUGGAUGAGAACUUGGUAUGAAAUGUUGUUCUGUGUAGCUUGCAAAAAUCCGUACCGAUACAGAUGGGAUGGCUUUGAGUAGGAGUCUUCUGUAUCACAAUUGCAUUUUCACAGUAUCAUUUCUCAGCCUUCCCCCUGCAAAGCAGUUGAGGUAAAAAUCUCAGCUCCUUUGGCUUUCAUCCAUGAAUUCCCAGAACAAUUUCACGGAUCUAGGGAUGGUCCACACCACCUUCUUCACAAGCUGCGCCACCAAUGGAGCAGCAGCCCUGGUGCCCAGCUCCAUUCCCAGACACCUCUUGCCCUCUGGGCCACCUCCUACAUCCCUUCGCUGUCCCGGUCGCUCUUGCACCAGGCACAGCAACCACCAGACGAUGGGAUGUGGAUCACAUCGAGGAGAUUACAGGAGCUUUACCUUGAA